GCGAUAAGAUGCCAAAUACCUUGUUGCCGUUUUGCAUUCUUUUGUGCUCCUAUAUGGUAUCUUGUAAAAGAUAUUUACUGUAUGACGUUUUCCACGGAGAAGGAUUCAAUUUGCGGCGAGACGUUUAUAUCAGAGUGUCGAAUCUGGUGCGCUUACUUAGACAGAGUACCCCGGACGAUUCUAGCGUGGACGUCGACUGGAUAUUGGUAUUGCCUCCUUGGGACUCCCUGCCACAUUGGUCGACCGCUUUGAAAGGUUUCGGAAACUACACAGCUCCUACUCGGAUGCUGCCUUGGGCGCACUUCUUCCAUUUGCCCAGCUUAGCACAGGUCAUCCCUGUAAUGGAGUUUGAAGAUUUUCGUAUCAAAGUCUUGCCUACAUUCUCUCCUUGCGGGAAAAUCGAUUUGACCUUACAUUUAUUUAGAUCUUUCGAAGAAGAUUCCAUUUACCGCAAAAACGAAGUUCGAUUUUGCACAGAGUCCAGAAGAGCAGCUUACAAGGCUAUGCAGUUAGUUGAAUCCGAUUCGUCCUGUGUCCUUCCACGCGCCAUCGAUGGUCCGACAAGCGUCUUGGCUGAAAAUCACGACUGCAUCACUGGUGACCUACAGCCACUAUCCCUGGCGAAAUUUUUGAAAUCGCUCACUCAAUCAGACUCUACAGCGAAACCAAUCAGUUCUAUCCUCCUUACUUCAGCUGAGACGAUUAUCCACGGACUGUGGAGCGAAUGGAGUCCAGAAUAUUGGACAGUUCGUCGCAGUAUGGUGUUUUCUACACUUCUGAGAAAAAUCGGCGAUGAAUUUCGUGCCGCUCACCUGAAUUCGACGGACGUCUCCGAUCGCACUGUGCAACCGACUCCUGUAGCCGGAGGUGGUGAUGGCUCCGCCUGGCUGCGUACUCACUGGCCUCUGUCUCCCGCUGUCGGUGGCCCAUAUGUUUCGAUUCACUGGCGUCUAGGUGACUACGUCCUCCCUGGUGAAAAUCCGUGGAAAAAUACCCCAUCUCCCGAGCGAUUAGCAAACCAGCUUAUUCAAGUUCUGUCCCAUUGGAAUAGUCCCCCAGCUAUCUCCAUAAAAACAGUCUUCCUCGCCACAGAUGGAACGCAUGCCGAGGUAUCCGCAUUGAAGCAUUCACUGGGUCCGUCUUUUCGCGUGGUUCAAUUCAUUCCCACGGAAUCCCAGUGGGGUCAGUUGGGCCCCGGUGGUGUGGCCAUUGUGGAUCAGUGGAUAUGCUCACAUGCUGCAUACUUCCUCGGUACGAAUCCGUCCACGUUCACUUUCAGGAUUGUGGAGGAGCGCACUAUUAUGGGGUUUACAUUCGCUUCAACAUUCAACAAUCUUUGCGCUAACAACGGAGCAAGGUUGUACGGCAGUCUCGAGCCGGAUGAACGUGAGUGUGAAGGUUUGACUGCUUGGCCAGUGGUGAUCGAGCCGGAGUUUAGCGCUCCCUAUGGGGAAAACCACUCACACAACGAGUUAUGACAGUUUCCGGUCGUGCCGAAUACACUUACCAAUCUGCUGUACCGGUGCUUUUUGUUCAGUAAACAUUUCUGAAUCGGGUGACAUUUAGAAUGA